AUGAAAAUUAGAAAGGCUGUUGUUUUCUUCAUUUUCCUUUGCAGCGUUUUAGCUGAAACUGCCUUAGUGAAUAAGAGGUAUCACCCGGUGGAACAUCUCGAAACGACUCACAACAUUCAAAAACGACAAUAUUCAAUAGAGGAGUACUUUAACCAAAUUAAAAGUGCUCAAACGUCGGCUACAUCUUAUGUACGGAAAAUUAUGGGCACUGGAGCACUACCGAAUAUAAUUUUCGUGGGAUUUGGAAAUAAUAAUCACAAUACAAUUAAUUUUUGA